AUGCUGCGAUCCCGGCGGCGGUCCCCUUACGGCGCCUAUUUCUGCGCCGUAAUCUCCGCCGUCCUCCUCCUUCUCUCAGUCUCUCUCCUCUACUCUCGUCUUUCUCUCUCCCACUCCGAUUCUCCCUCCAACCCCCGCACUCUCCUCUCCGACACCACCGACGACUCCGAUCUCUCCACCUCCGAUCCCAUCGACGAACUCGACUUCAUCGACCUCGACCAACAACAAUCCCAACCUCUUCACACCAAUCCUUCCUCUUACUUCUUCGAUCCCAUCACAUCCUCCAUCAGAAAAUCCUUCAAAUCCCCUUCCAUUUUCUCACACUCCAUCACCACCACCACCGACACCGACGACUUCACCGUUUUCUCCACUUUCUCCCCUCCACAAGAUCCUUCCAACUCCGCCUUCACCUCCGACGACAUUCCCCUCGACGAUAACAUCAGAAACAAAGCCACACUCAUCACAUCAAUUGAGGAUUUGCUUCUUCUCAAAUCAUCUUCCUUAAGACAAGUCUGGGGUGAAUGGUUUGACAAGAAAGGUCUCUUUCUCAGAAAAGACAAAAUGUUGAAAUCCAGUUUCGAAGCUUUCAAUCCAAUGCUCACUCCUCUGCUUCAAGAUCCUGACUCAGUCGGCGUCUCUACACUCACCAGAGGUGACAAAAUCCUCCAUAAAUGGUGGAUCAAUGAGUUCAAGAGAGUUCCGUUUUCUUUUUCGCCUCACAAGAACACUAAUAAAAAUGGUAAAUUAGUAACCAUUGCGAAAGGUGGAACGGAACGAAGGACUUUGAAUGAUAAUGGUGAUGCUGCUGAGUUUUUGAAUCAUCAUCAGCAUAUUUAUGCUGAUGGGAAUAAUUGGGGUUAUUUUCCUGGUUUGCCAUCGCGUUUAUCGUUCAAUCACUUCAUGGAUUCUUUCUUCAGAAAGGGUAGAUGUGUCACGAGGGUUUUUAUGGUGUGGAAUUCACCUCCUUGGAUGUUCACAGUUCGGUAUCAGCGUGGUCUCGAGAGUUUGUUAUUUCACCAUCCUGAAGCAUGUGUUGUGGUGUUCUCGGAAACAAUUGAGCUCGAUUUCUUCAAAGAUAGCUUUCUUAAGGAUGGUUACAAAGUCGCGGUUGUUAUGCCAAAUCUUGACCAGCUCCUGAAGGGUACGCCUGCCGACAUUUUUUCUUCUGUUUGGUUUGAAUGGAGAAAGACUAAGUUUUAUUCCACUCAUUACAGUGAGCUUAUUCGUCUUGCAGCUCUGUAUAAGUACGGUGGGAUUUAUCUAGACUCUGAUAUCAUAGUUUUGAAGCCAAUUUCUUUCCUUAAUAACUCUGUUGGAAUAGAGGAUCAUGCUGCUGGAAGUUCUUUGAAUGGUGCUGUGAUGGCUUUCGGAAGGCACAGUCUGUUCAUAAAGAAAUGCUUAGAAGAGUUUUAUAUGACAUAUGACGAUCACAGUUUGAGAUGGAAUGGAGCUGAUCUAUUGACAAGAGUUGCACGAAAGUCUGUAGGAGAAGAGAACAAAACUAUUAAACGGAUGGAGUUGAAUGAGGAACCCUCUCAUAUCUUCUUCCCCAUCAAUUCUCAGGACAUUACAAGAUACUUCCUUGCACCAGCAACAGAGGCGCAGAAAGCACAGCAAGAUGUUUUACUUGAAAAAAUACUGCACGAGUCAUUGACAUUUCACUUUUGGAACAGCUUGACUUCUGCUCUCAUCCCAGAACCUGAUAGCCUUGUGGCCAGGCUUAUGAAUUAUGCAUGUAUACGAUGCUCGGAGUUACUGUAA